AGUCACUUUUUCACGGCAAUAUUUUGGCAAACUCAAGGAAAACGGAAUAGAGCUAAUAUCACGACCAAAGAUGGAUGGCGGAAAUGGCGAAAAGGAUCCUUUGCUACAAGAGCCCCCUAGUAUUGUUCGGGAAGAAGAUUACAUAAUUUUGGUGUUCGCAGAUGGAAGAAAAAUAUUUGCACAGGCCUUGACGAACAAGAAAGGGAAGACGCCCCCUGUUAAGAUCAACAAACGGUCUUACCCCACUGCAAAUCUGAUCGGUCUAUCAUAUGGAACAGUAUUGGAAUUAGGCAUGGGCAAGCUUGAUCCCUUGCCAGAAGGUGAAGACAUAAUUCCGGACUAUCCUGCCAGUCUUGCAGCCGAAGGCACGCAAGGGCUCGAAAGCGAAGAGGCCAACACCGACGACGGUACUUUCCCUUCGAUGAAUUUAGAACAAAAAAACGACAAUCGAAAUUUGGUAGACAACAACAAAUCGCAGAAACUUCAGCUAGAACAAAUCGAGAAAAUGAGACAAGAUGGGACGCAUGGGUCGGACAUUGUUGAAAAGCUGAUUGAAAAUUCUGCUACUUUUGAUCAAAAGACAGAAUUCAGCAAAGCAAAAUACAUCAAGAAAAAGCAACAAAAAUAUCAACAGCGCUGUCGCAUUGUGCGAUGCACACCGUAUUCUAUAUGCGAAGCAGUCUUUGCAAGUAGGCCCAAGCUUCUUUUGAACAUGAGGGACGAUACUCUUGGUCAAAUGUUGAGCCACGCCAACGUGAGCGCUGGCUGUCAAGUCUUGCUGUACGAACAUUGUGCAGGGGUUCUCACCGGAGCACUUGCAUGGCGAAUGGGUGGUUAUGGCAAGAUUCUCUCGGUCUACGAGGGUCAGCAACCAUCUUUCCUCGAAAUGCUUCGACGAUAUAACCUGAGCUUUGCCGAAAACUCUUCAAUUAAAUGGUUGCAUGUUGGCGAUAUUUAUGGCGAGUCAAAUGCCAAUGAUCCCAAAGAAAUAGACGUAGAGAAAGAAGAGCGUGAUAGUUUGGAGUGGCCCUGUCCACUGCAAAAUCACACAAGGGGAUAUCUGGAUGAAAUGAAAACAAUUCGCGAGAAGAGGCAAUUCCUAGCAAAACGAUGUGCAAGAUUUACGAGAAAGCUGACACGACAAACCCCUAUGGAAAGCAAAAAAAUGCUAGAAGCCAGAAAAAGUGAUUCGGUGAGUUUCAAAUCAUACUUGACGUAAAGAAAAGAAAGUGGAACAUGGUUUUUCUAUUUUGUUCGCUAUCUGCUAACAACGAUGUUUUGUAUCUCUUUGUGGAAUUUAUUCGUUUUGUCAAAGAUAAUUAUUGCUGUUCGACAUGAUCCAACAGAGACUCUCUUAGGGCUUUUGCCAUAUUUAGCAACAUCUUCACCCUUUGUGGUUUAUUGCGAAUACAUUGAACCUCUAACAGAGUGUUUCAUGGAGCUUCAAAAGCGCAAACUUGCCAUCAAUCUGCGUCUUAGUGAUACCUGGAUGCGCGAAUACCAAGUCCUGCAAGGAAGAACUCAUCCCAGCAUGAGUAUGACACAGAGUGGCGGUUUCAUAUUGACUGGUACUAAACUAUGUCCCGAUACAGGCCACAACGAGCUCAGCGAAGAACUCAUGCAAGAAUUACGCCUGAAGGUAGGGGGUCGUCGCGGAAAGAAAAAGAAACCUAGAGAUGGAGAUGGAGAGGGCUCGAAUGCUAAGAAGAAGGUAAAGAAAGUUUGAUGAGUUGUUGUGCUGAACGCCAUUCAUAUUUUUGUUCUUGGUGGUUUCAUGCCCACAACUAUUGCUCCCACCUCGUGAGUUGCUGUAGUGGGGUGGAAGGCGUCACUAGUAGGGCUACUACUAGUACUAACUGCUUCAACCCAUUAGUGCAAGAACGAGCGCGGAUUUUCAAUAGUAGGGUGCGAGUACUAUUACGUUAAUGAUGAUUGAAUUCACUGGCAUCGAUCAGAUUUAGUUUGAGAAGGAAUGUGGCAAAGAACGGUAGUAAAAUACGAUUACACAGAACCAGUACCCGUACUAAACGUACUUGAAAGUCAGUACGGUAGAAGUAAAGUAUUAUUUUUUGAUUUUUCAAUGAGGGGGGGGGACAAAAGCGAACAAAGCGACCCAAAAUUUAAAUUUGGUCAUUACUGUAAUUCGUCGGAAUGAGAAUAUGAAAAAAUAAGCUCUCUGGAAAAAAUCUUCAACUAUUCUACUACCAAGUCUCCUUCUGCCCCUUCUGUUUUCCGUUGCUCUCUUUAUGCCGUCUGACGAAAUAGCUACGAUGUUCACAAAUAAUUCAAAAGAUUUCAAGCACCAUGAAGCAAUUUUCUACUCUAAUCGCUGUUGUGCUACUGGUAUACAAUUCCAUAGGCACCGAGGCAUUUGUCGCGAACACCCGUUCAUCGAGAUCCGCGGUGAUUACUUCUUCUCGGUUGGCUGCUGGUAAGAAAUUCUGUCGAUAUUCUGCUUGUCGCAGUAUGUUUCUGAGAUAAGCAAACAUAUGCUGGAUCGAGACAAACGCUGUGUUUUCUCUUCAUGUUACCGUCGAUCAUCUUGGAGUUUAACGUGCUUCAUAUCCCUGAUACAAUCACUUACCCCGACGAUUUUUUUAACCCUUCGAUUCCGAAGGCCCCCUGCAAAAGUUUUCGAACCCAAAGGAAUACAACAAGGUUGUCGAAAACUUGAUGUUCACACGUGGAAUCACUCGUGAGGAAGCUGUGAAGGAAUACGAUGCAUACCUCAAUAAUCCAAAUGACUACGCCUUGAACAAAGUAAGUGAUGAUUACGUCGUCUCCUAAAUGAAGCAGAAUUAGAGUGCGCAUCUGAUGUCGCAAAAUCUCUCAAUUUUUCACUCGUCUUUUUCUCAUGCUGCAAAUGGAAAUAGGGCGAAGCAUACUACAAGUCAUUGGG